UCUACUUUAUUAUACAAUGAAGAAGGGUUAACACAAGCCUAACAUUUCUCCCUCUACGCGCAAAUCCAUGUCUCCUCUCCUCCUCCUGCCCCUCAUCCUCUUCGCCGCUGCCGGCGCAAUUGCCAACAUUUCCGAUGAUACCUCCUCUGUCUACGAUGCCCUCCAAUCUUACAAUUUCCCCAUCGGCCUCCUUCCAAAGGGGGCUGUUGGAUACGACCUAGACAACAGCACAGGAGAUUUCUUAGUCUACUUCAAUGGGACCUGCAGUUUCUCGCUUGAGGGAUCAUACCAGCUAGGAUACCAGUCGUCCAUUUCCGGCCGGAUAUCAACAAACCGCCUCAGCAACCUUAAGGGUGUCCGCGUCAAGGUCGUUUUUUUCUGGAUCAACAUUGUCGAGGUCGUCCGAAAUGGAGACGAGCUCGAAUUCUCUGUCGGGAUCGCCUCGGCUAACUUCGCGAUCAAUAACUUUGUCAUUUCUCCUCAGUGCGGCUGCGGAUUAAAUUGCAAAAGCCUCGGUAAUCGUUCCAAAGAGGGCUAUCUGGUGAUAUUGAAGUCCGCCGUCUAAUGAAUUUGUCAUGUUGGUCAUCUACACUUCUCCCUCGUAUUGCUUUAGGUUUCUAGGGCUCAAUGUAUGGUGAAGGUUCUUCAUUAUUAACUUAAAUCCUUAAAUAUUAAUAUUUCUAGUUAAUUAUCAAUUAUUAGGAUAUCAGUCCUCAAAAUAUCGUGGAUUAAGACGAUGUUAUAAUGACGUCAACGAAGUAGGAUAGAAAUUUCAUUUAACU